UGGAGGGGGGAGUGGUGAUUCUGGACGUAGGAGGCGCAAAACGGCACCAGAAAAAGGAAAAGAAAACGUUGCAAGCACCUCCGCUACACCCACAUCCACAGUGACCUCCAAAGACCCCACGCCGACAAUGGACCCUUCGCUGUUCGUUCCACAAGACAAGGCGAGGCAGGACAAGUUGCAGAGGGAGAAGCCCGUGUGGAAGUACGCAGAACAGGGUCAGGAAGCCGGGGCGAAAGGGAGAGGCGAGUACUGCACGGGAUUCCGGAAGGGGGGGUCGAUCAGAAGGCCGACGAGGUGGUUGAAGUUCCCGCAUACCUUUGAGCCACAGCCACCGCCCACUGCGGGCAGGGCUGCUCCUCCAUGUGAUGCAGGGGAUUUGCACAAGGAGAAUGCUUUAGAUGCGGCGGGGGGUGAGGCGUCGGGGUCGAACACACGACUGUCCUCAUUGCAGCAGUCAACAAUAAGGAGGUGGGUGGACAACGAUGCGCAGAAGAAACUGGACAUCGCAGAGAACGAGGCGGACCGGAGGCGGACCGGACGACAACGCAGAGAAGAGCCACGCCCGGCAGCGACGGAGCCCAGGGUAAGGGAAACUGCACUGUACAAUCCACAAUCUGAUGUCGAGUUCGCACGGCUAGACACGGAUGUCGAGACGUUGCUGGACACGAGGGUGGACGAAGAUGAGGAGGAUGCGAACCGUGCCAAGGCUAUGGCUGACUGGGAGACCGAACUCGUCAACAAACGUAUGAUGGAGGAGGAGGCCCGCCGUGCAGCUAUCCCGACCCGGAGAGAGAUCGAGAGAGGUCUCAAACAAGCUAGGGAGCACCAACAGCAGAGCAAUCAGGCAUUGGAGGUUGUUGAAGAAGGAGAAGAGGAGGAGGAGGAGCACCAGGCUGAGGUGGGAGAUUACAUGGAACAGGAAGAAGAGGCGGAGGGCAUGGUGCAACCGCAGGAGGGAGAGGAGAUGGAGCACCAAGAAGAAGAGGAAGGCGCGGUGCAAGGCGGGGAGGAAGAGGAAAUGCAGCAGGAAGAGGAGGGGGAAGGAUUGCCACAGCAGAAGAUGCAGCACGGCGAGGUGAAUACAGCCCGCGAAGACGAGCCCCGUCCCACAGCAACAGCAGUCUACACACGCAGGCCCCGACCAGCGGAGUUUCCGGAGUCCGAGGAGAAGAUACCGGAAUUGCCCGCAAGGAGGGAGGAUGUCCAGCAUGACAACCUGUGGGUGAGCCGAGUGGGCAGGAAGAGAAAGGAGCCAUCACAGGAUGCUCCUGCACAGCCGAAACGUCCUCGUGGCAGACCGCGAAAGCAGAAGACAGACACGGACAGUACACCGGCAGAUGAGGUAGCAACCGCAGAGAAAAAGAAGGCAGAGAACGCCGAGAAGGCACGUCUGUUGGCAAUCGACCAGCAGCGCCAGCAAGACGAGGCAGCAGCAAAGGCUGCCGAUGAAGAACGAAGUCAACGACGCGAGAAGAUAUUCAACGGAGAGCGAGCCUUGCUCACAAUGGCAGCGGACUGGCGGGCCGAGGCCGAGAAUGGUAAGAUGGAAGAGAGUGAAAGCAAGAUCGCUCUACUCCUCUGCCAUUUCACGGAUCUCCUGGCAACGUGCAUUGCACAGCAGGAGGACAUCCACAGCCUCAACGACGCGGUUCAGAUGCACAACAAGGCGUUUGAUCAGGUCAACAGCCGCCUCCAACAGCUGGAGCAACGACCCGUCACCGCCCCCGAUGCCAGCUCCUCCAACAACUCCGAUCGCCUCAAUUCAUUGGAGAUCGAUGUCGGAACCCUCAAGGACGACGCGCAACUACAGCAAACCGCCACGCAACAACUGGAGCAGCGGUUUUGUGCUGCUGCCGCCAACCCGAGCUCGGCACAGCGUGAGACAACUCCGAAGUUCGAUGGUCAGGAGAUCUUCUGCGAUUCGACGAAGACGGACCCGAUUCCGUGGUUCCGCAAGUUCGAGCUCAAGUUGCAACUACACCACGUCAGCGAGGACAAGCAUCACGCGUACUUUUACUCCCGGUCGGGGGGCGCGUGCCAAGCAUGGUUGGACAAUCCCUUGUCCAAGUACGGGGUGGUAGCUGCUGACUUGUACACCAAGAUCAACUGGGAAGCCUGGGAUGAUCUAAAGGCGGCGUGGCAUAAGCGGUUCCGAGUACAGCCACCAGAGAUCAAGGCAAUGGACAGAUUGACGACCUUCGAACAAGGCACGCUGUCGAAGGACAAAGUUGCGGUGGGGGACAUACUUGUGUAUGUUACCAAGGUGGCCCGCGAGUUUCGCAAGCAGCGGUACGAUGACAACAACGCACCGCUCCUCUAUGUCCGCAUCCAAGUUGGGCAAGCGUCCUGCAACGCUUUGCUGGAUAGCAGCGCGUCUUGCAAUUUCAUGAGCCAAGCCUUUAUGCAAAGGGCUGGCCUUGGCGCACUAGUUCGGAGGAAGGCAAACCCGACGGCCAUCAAGUUGGCGAACGAAAGGAUGCAACAACUCAUCGACUGCUACAUCGAGGCCGUACCGGUGUAUUUCGCACCUCAUGCAUGCGAACCGGUGACGUUCGACAUUUUGGACACGGACUUCGACAUUAUUUUGGGACUGCCUUGGCUUGCAAGUGCAGAUCACACGGUCAACUUCCACCGGCGGACUCUUACCGUUCGGGACGCCUUCGGAGCCGAAGUGUCGUGUACUAUUUCUCUUCUGUACCCUUCGAUUCGGUGCCAAGUGGUGACGGCCAAGCCAUUCUGGGCUACUUGCGCUUACGAGCAGCCCGACGAGAUAGGCCUAUGUUUUCUACGGACCGUCGCGGUAGCCGACUCUUCACCCACAGACUUGUCUUCGGAACCCCGUGUGGUGCGGUUGCUUGACGAGUUCAUCGACAUCUUCGAGUCACCUACCGGUGUGGUGCCGGAUCGGCCGACCUCUCACGAGAUCAUUCUUGAGGACGGUGCCGUGCCGCCGAAAGGUUGCAUUUACCUCAUGAGCGAGGAGGAGCUUACGGUCCACGCGCAACUCGAUAACUUGUUGGACAAGGGUUGGAUCCGCUUUAGCAGCUCCCCAUAUGGAGCACCAGUUCUAUUCGUAUGGAAGAAGAACAAGGAUCUACGAUUGUGCAUCGACUACCACAAGCUCAACGUGCAAACCGUCAAGAAUGCGGGGCCUCUUCAUCAUAUUGACGAUCUCCUGGAGCGAUUGGGUGGCGCAAAGUACUUUUCUAAGUUGGAUCUGAAAUCAGGAUACCAUCAGAUUUCCAUCCGGCCGCACGAUCGCUAUAACUCCGCGUUCAAGACGCGGUAUGGGCAUUUUGAGUGGGUGGCCAUGCUUUUUGGCCUCACCAAUACCCCGACGACCUUUCAAGCGGCAAUGACCAACGAGUUCCGUGCGAUGUUGGACCAGUUCGUGCUGGUCUACUUAGACGACAUUCUCGUCUAUAGCCGGACAUUCUUGAGCACCUUCGACGAGUGUUGGAAACGCUCUGCCGCGCCAAGUACAAAGCCAUUUUCAGGCCAUGUCGUUUUCAGCUUGAAAGCCUGAAAACAAGCGCCUACAGGCCCUGUGUCGUUUCAGCCUAAAACAGGGCCCUCCAGGCUUUGAGUCUU